UAAAAGUUUCCCAUAAAAUCAAUUAAAAACAAAUAAUUGUUAAGAUUAUUGUUGAUGUAUGAAUGCAAUUUGAUGAGAAGGACCACACUACUUUUGAUGGUCCAUGUCGAUUCAGCCUCUGCUCUAAUGUGAAUAAAUCUGAUAUAAACCCUUCCAAACUGCAAACCUCACGCCCACCACAAAUGGAACUUACUCACAACAUACCUGCAACCUUCGCCCUUCUCCUCUUUCUCUAUGCUCUCUUUCGUAUAUCUUCUCGGAGAUCCGCCGCUCAUCGCACCAACAACACACUUCCACCGGAAGCCGGCGGUCGUUUGCCAGUGAUCGGCCACCUCCAUAAACUAAGUGCAACAGAGCCAACUCACAUAACCUUGGCCAAAAUGGCCGACGCCUACGGACCUAUCUUUACCUUAAGAUUGGGCAUGAACACAGCCCUUGUCGUGAGCAGUUGGGAAAUAGCGCGAGAGUGCUUCACCACAAACGACACAAUCUUCGCCUCCCGCUCAAAAGGUUUAGCCUCAGAGCUGCUCGGCUACAACUACACACUGCUGUCCGUUAGCCCGUACGGUCCAUACUGGCGCCAUGUCCGAAAAAUAGCCACGCAUGAACUCCUCGCAAAUCAGCGCCUGGAGCAGCUCCAGCACAUCAGAAUGUCCGAGGUUCGAAGUUCGAUCAAGAAACUGUAUGAAUUAAAUAAGGGAUCAGGUGGGAAAGUGAGGGUUGAGAUGAGGAGGUGGUUUGGGGAUGUAAGUUUGAAUACAAUACUUAGGAUGGUGGUGGGAAAGCGACUGAGCUCUGUUUUCGAAGGCAGUGGCGCGGAGCAGUACAAAGAGGCGUUGAGGGAUGUUUUUGAACUGUUUGGAGCAUUUGUUCCUUCAGAUUCGUUUCCGUGUCUAAGUUGGUUGGAUUUGGGAGGGUAUAAGAAGGCCAUGAACAAGACCGCCAAGGUGCUUGACCAAAUGCUUACUAAAUGGAUCGAAGAACAUCGAGAGAAGAACAAGAAUUGGGGUGAAGGUGGAGUGGAAACAGAGGAGCAAGACUUCAUGGAUGUCAUGCUUUCUCCUGUCAGCGACCACGGAGGGUUAGGUGGUUUUGAUGCCGACACAGUCACCAAAGCCACUUGUUUCGCUAUGGUACUGGGCGCAUAUGACACUACAAUGAUUACCAUGACAUGGGCUCUUUCUCUACUCCUCAACAACCAACAAGCACUAAAAAAAGCACAACUUGAAUUAGAUGGAAAAGUUGGAAGAUCACGACAAGUGAAAGAACCCGAUGUCAAAAAUCUACCAUAUCUCCAAGCCAUUGUGAAAGAGACAUUGCGUUUGUAUCCUGCAGUGCCGUUAUUAAUCCCUCAUGAAUCUGUAGAAGAUUGUACAGUUUCAGGCUAUCAUAUCCCUGCACGGACACAACUUUUAGUGAAUGUUAAAAAACUACAAGAAGACCCACUUGUUUGGGAGGAUCCUUGUAAAUUUCGUCCAGAAAGAUUCUUAACAAGCGCCACAAAGUUUGACAUGAGAGGUCAAAAUCUGCAACUAAUGCCAUUUGGGUCUGGUCGAAGGAUGUGUCCUGGAAUCUCAUUUGCGCUUCAACUUAUGCAUCUUACUCUUGCAAGCCUACUUCAUGAAUUUGAAAUCGAUAGGCCAUCUGAAGAGUUACUGAAUAUGGAUGAAGGUUUUGGAAUAACCGUUCUAAAAAAAACUCCACUUGAAGUUGUUUUACAUCCACGCCUACCGAGCCUAGUCUACGAAUAGCUUUGAAAUGAAGUCAAAGACAAUAAAUGAAACUACUUGUAAA